UCCAUACCCUCCUCACAUACAGGUAUAUCCAUCCCCUACCCAUUUAACAUGGGUAUAUCCAUAGUUCCAUACCCUACCCGUUUGUCAUGGAUGUGGGUUUGGGUAACGGGUUUAGAUAUCGUGAGUCGCCCGUAAAUUAGCGGGCCCCGAUUUGAAGGUCUCUCCAAAAUAGAAGGGCUAGUAGAAGAUCUGCUAGAGUGCAUUUUUUUAUAUAAUCCUCUAAAUUUGAGAUAGAAGACUGUUUAAAGAAUUUGCUGAAGUUGCUCACAUGCCAUGCACCAUCGACACUUGUCCUUCUCAAGUCAGCUGACAUCUUUGACAUGUACGUGUCAAGCAUUGGGCCCAUGCAGACCAGAUGUCCGGGUGACAAGACCUUAUGAGUCAACUGAAUUUUUUUUCUAGACAGAUCUCUUUUUUAUCGGACCAAAAGUUACAAAUUUGAUAUAUUUGAAAUAAGAAACUAGAAUCCAGCCAGCCUUGAUUUUCUAAAACUUUUCAUUGAUUUACAUAGAACAUUUUAUUUCUCUCUAGAGCAUAUAUAACAUUACAAAUCUGACAAAUUCCAGCCAACAGAUAAAUAGCGUUCCUCUUUAGUAUCUUGGGCUGAAUAAACUCUUCCCCCGUGCAUGUCAUGACACAUGUCCACCCUUCUGCACUUGGAGCAACAGGAGUCUUCUUCCCAUGACCAACCUAAUCCAACCCAAACUUGUAAAACCAUUUUUCACCCAGCCGGCCAACGGUUCGUCUUUGAACUCCAAGAGGGGAAAGUAAGACGUACAGUCGCGUAGGUGACGGAAUGUAACCGAUUCAGAUUCAGAUUCAGGAAAGGAUAUAUAUACACCAUGUUCUUCUAGCUCACUACCGUCAAUGCAACGAACAGAAACAGUACUUGGAGCUAGAACGAGACUGACUGCCUAGCAAGCAACGAGUGGAGCGAGAGAGAUGCCAGAGUACUGCGUGACCGGGGGGGCGGGUUUCAUCGCGUCGCACCUCAUCCGGGCGCUGCUCGCCGCCGGCCACACGGUUCGCGCCACGGUCAGAGAUCCAGAGGAUGAAGGGAAGGUCGGGUUCCUGUGGCAGCUGGAGGGCGCCGCGGAGCGGCUGACGCUGCUGCGCGCCGACCUGCUGGUGGAGGGGAGCUUCGACGCGGCCGUGAGCGGCGUGGACGGCGUGUUCCACACGGCCUCCCCCGUGGUGGUGGUCUCCGGCGGCGGUGGCGGCAAGGACGACGACGUCGUCCAGCGGGAGCUGGUGGACCCGAUCGUGAAGGGCGCGGCGAACGUGCUGCGGUCGUGCGCCCGGGCGCCCGGCCGCGCGCGCCGCCGCGUCGUGCUCACCUCCUCCUGCUCCUGCGUCCGCUACUGCCACGCCGCCACGCUCAACGAGUCGCACUGGUCCGACGCCGACUACUGCAAGUCCUACAACCUGUGGUACGCGUACGCCAAGACGGUGGCGGAGAAGGAGGCGUGGCGGCUGGCCAAGGAGCACGGCAUCGACCUGGUGGUGGUGAACCCGUCGUUCGUGAUCGGCCCGGCGCUGGGGCCGAGGCCCACCAGCACCAUCCUCAUCGUCCUCGCCCUGCUCAAAGGGGAGCUGGGCAAGUACCCGAACACGACGAUCGGGUUCGUGCACGUGGACGACGUGGUGCUGUGCCACGUCCUGGCCAUGGAGGACGCCAGGGCGUCCGGGCGGCUCAUCUGCUCCUGCGACGUGGCGCACUGGUCGGAGAUCCUGGGCUCGCUCCGGGAGCGGUACCCGCAGUACCCCAUCCCCACCGAGUGCAGCGCCCGCAAGGGGGACGACCGGCCGCACAGGAUGGACACCGGCAAGGUCCGCGCGCUGGGCUUCCCGCCCUUCCUGUCCCUGCAGCAGAUGUUCGACGACUGCAUCAAGAGCUUCCAGGACAAGGGCCUGCUCCCAUAGUCGGAUACUACUACUACAGUCCAAGCUGCAAUCAAAAUCAUCCCUCGACUAAUUGCAUCAGAACAAAGAAUCUAUAACUGCAUGCAGUGCAGCCUCAUGAAAUUAAUUAUAUUGAUGGCUGCCAACCUCUA